AUGGGUCGUUUAUUUGUGCCAUAUUUGCAAUUGCAAGUGAUACUACUUAUUGGAAUAAGAAUAAUUCGAGCUGCCGAAAAUGAAAAUGCUCGAGUAAUUUCGAUCGUGGAAAAGUUUGAAGACAAUACUAUAUGGGAAUUUCACUCUAAGUCAGUACGACGUGCACAAGUUUCGAAGAAAACUUGGGAUGAAUAUGUAAAAUACAAAGAACAGACAUGUCGCUUGGAAAUCGAGAAAGACACCGAAUCAAAGGCGAAAGGCUAUCUAAGCUGGGAAGAAAUGACGUUCCACAAAAGUUUAAGAUCAAAAUUAUUGCCGAGCUUGACAACCAAUAAUGCUUUAUCAUAUGAAGAUGCAGUCAUGUUAUCAAAUGUAGAUAGUCGUUUGCUGUCACCGGAACCGGAAUCGCUUUGUAAAAUUGGAGUAAUUGAUGAUAGCGAUCAAAACGAAAUUGCUGAGAAAAGCCGUUUCGAAGAUACUUUGAUAAGUCGAUUGUUUCGGAAAGAAAUACGGGAAUCGGAGCAAGGAAACUCAACUCAGAAAACUAAAUAUGAUCAGCCAUCUGAUUCUUAA